AUGCAAAGAUCUAACCAGAACAGCCCUACCACCUCAUCAAACAAUUUGCUAGCUGCCCCUCAUCAUCCACCAAGAGGCCGCAUUGAGCUGAUUAUUGGACCUAUGUUUGCAGGCAAGAGCACAGAGUUAUUAAGAAGAAUCAAGAGACAUGAAAUCGCUGGAAGCAAAUGCUUAAGAAUCAAGUUUGCUGGAGAUACUAGAUACUCUGAUGAUUCAAUUGCAACCCAUGACUAGCAAACUAUGAGAGCUAUUGGUGCAAGAAAGCUAGGAGAUGUAGCUUCAAUUGGCGAUGAAUACGACGUGAUCGGGAUUGACGAAGGUCAAUUUUUCCCAGAUGUAAUUGAGUAUGCAGAGAAAUUAUCCAACGAAGGAAAGGUCGUUAUUAUCUCAGCAUUAGAUGGCACUUUCCUCAGAACUGGCUUUGAAAACAUCAUCAAUUUGAUUCCCAAAGCAGAGAAAGUCAAGAAAUUGGCUGCUAUUUGCAAGAUAUGCAAUCAAAAUGCAUAUUUCACUUUCAGAACUUGCUUAAGUGAUCAAAUCUAGUUGAUUGGAGGUGUUGAGGCCUACAUACCACUAUGCAGAGAAUGCUUCAAUGUAGAGCAUUUAAAGCAGGAAGAAAUCAAGGCAAGAAUUCAGAAAAAACUUAGUUCUGAACCUACAUCUCAUGAAAAAAUACCUGACAACGCCAGCGAUUCAUCAAGUGCUGAUGAAUCUCCAGAGAAGUGCUGA